AUGUUCAAAUCUUUACCUUCUGAUAUUUUGAAUUAUCGUGAUGAUAAUUUUUAUCAACUAGUAGAAGAAAGAUGUGGUAAGGACACGGUAGAAUUUAUGGAAAUUCUUGGUAUUUCAUCUGUACAAUCACUGUUGGGAGUGGAAAACUUAUUUAGUUGGCUGGAAUUCAAUUCAGAAAAAUUGCAUCUAAUCAAAAACAAAUUAGCUUUUCAACAUGAUAAUGGUUUUACGGAAGUUAAAUGGGGUGUUCGAAACUCAUUAGAAUGUUUAAUUCGAGAUUUACAAAGAGUAAAUGAUAAUGAUCAACACGUAACAGAAUCAGUAAUAUCAAACGAUCAUAUGACUCUUUCAUCACUUUUUCUUCAAAAACACUCGAUUUUAAAAUCUUUAAUUCAUUUCUAUCAAACAUUAGAUGCUCAAAAUAAUGAAUAUAAAUCUGAAGAUGUUUCUUUUUUAGCGUCUUUUUUGGACAAUAUUAGUAACAAUCUAUGUUGCUCAAAAAACGCAUAUCGUCAUAAUGAACAUAUACUUCGAUUUGCAACAUCAUUCUAUAUAUUAAGCGGAAGGAUGGCAUAUGAAUUUGUUCGACUGAACGUACCCGGUGCUCUUCCAUCUAUAUCUACUCUUCAAAGACUUGUUUUAAAUAAAGAGCUUCGAGUAAAUGAAGCAGAGUUUCGUUAUGAUUUAUUGGCUACACAUAUGGAUUCACUUAAAACAGCUAUUGCAUUUGCUUCAGAGGACUGUACAUCAGUUAUUAAGAAAAUAUCGUAUGACAGUCUUACCAAUUCAUUUGUUGGUUUUCCGACACCUUUGAACAAUGGAAUACCUAUUAAUCAACACUAUCAAACGGACUCUUUUGAACAACUUCGCGAAUGGUUCUCUAAUGAAGACCGUGCACCUUUGAUUAAUAUUCAUAUGAUUCAACCCAUCACUAAAAUGCAAGCAAUACCAAAUCCAUUUUUACUUUGUGCUUUUGGAACUACUAAUCAACAUCAAUCGAUCGAUAUUAUUCGUCGAUGGAUAUGGAUAGUUGAACAAUGUUUGUUAAAAAAUGUCCGCAUUAUAGGAUUUUGCUCUGAUGGUGAUCCAAAGUAUCUGCGUGCGAUGCGACUUCUUAUCGGACUUUUUGCUUCAUUGCCGAAUAUCAAACUCAGUAGUCACACAGAUGCAUUUCAUGUUAAAAUUCCAAAAGAAUGGAAAUGGUAUUUUCUUGGCGAUAGUCACCUAUUUUUAUGCUUUCAAGACGCUACACAUCUUUGUGUUAAAUUACGUAAUAGACUAUUAUCUCGUACAGCUAAUAUGUUAAUAGGCAAAAGCUUUAUUUCUAUUGAGUAUCUUUCAACAUUAAUUCAAAAUGUGUCUAAAUUACGACAUGGUUUAGUAAAAUCUGACAUAUUUCCACAAGAUCGUCAGAAUUUUAACUCUUGUAUCAAGAUAUGUAGUGAUAAUGUCAUUAACAGUUUAGUCAGCAUACCUAAUGCCGAGGGUACAAUUAUGUAUCUUCGUCUUCUUCGUUCAGUUAUGAUUGCAUAUAUUGACAAAGAAACAUCUUCGAUUGAUCGACUUUUUCAUGCCUGGUUUUCUGUUUUUGUUUGCCGUUGGUGGUAUAUUUGGCUUCAAAAUAUGUCAAAAGACAAUUUAUAUAACACUAUCCAUGAACUUAAUCACAUCACUGUAAACCAAAAGAGAAUAACAAGUAAAAAAGAGUUUUAUAUCACUGAUAAUGCCUAUUAUUCUAUGGAAAUUAAUGCUCAUCAGCUAACAUAUAUUGCUUUGUUAGUAAUAGAAAAAAAGUUACCACUAGAAGCAAUGAAUAUUUACUUAUUUAGUUCUCAAACAUGUGAAGGAAUGUUUCGCUCCUGUCGUUCGAUGUCGGGUACCUUUUCUUCUGUUGUAAACUUUAGUGUACAAGAAUUUUUGAAUCGUGCUCAAAAGUUGUCCGUCCUACACAAAAUCAAAGCUGAAAGCGAGUUUUGUUCAAAUGAUUGUACUCUUCGUUUCCCAAAGCAUCAUAAACAAGGGAAAAGAUUGAAAACGUCAAUACAUACAAUUCCUGACAGCCAUUCACUCAAUAUAGAAAUGAUCGCAACAAUAGUUUCUCGAGCUUUUACGGAUGCAGCUGAUUUAUUAUUCAGUUUCCAAAUUAAAAAAAAUCUGGAUGAGAAAAACAUUACAAAUAUGGAUCAACUUAACAAUUGCAUUCAGAAAGUACUCAGAACAAGGACAAAUACGAUGGACUUUUCUGAAUUAUUCGAGGAAACAGAAGAAAUAUUCGAUUCGGAAACUGCCACUGAUAGCGAAGAUCAACAAUUUGAUAACGAACAAGCUGAAACAUCAAAUGUGUGCUCCAACGAAGUCUUAUAUAAUUUACAGGGAGCUACAUUGUCGGGAAUGCGAGUCUUUGAUACAGUUCGUCCAGAAUUAGCGAAAUUAUAUUUUGAAGUAGAACUAGAUGGUAAAACAAAAUUUAUUCACAAACAGACUGCUUGUUGGAUUUUAACUGAAAACAAGGCGGCCUUGUCAAACGAUCGUCUCACGCGUAUGAUGCAAAAGUAG